UAUCCAGUAAUUCUAAAAUUAUCACAUUGUAACAGUGUGUGUGGAUAUAUGACGUCGAUAUACGACUGUCUUUAUUGUGAAGCAGGAAGAAGGGGAUAAGAAUGUUGCGCUGGAAUAAGUCUACGGUAGUUCUAUCGUGCACGAGCAUCAGAUGUCUGGUGAGUGUUGGUUUCAGGAGGACACACUGCUGCUAGGAUGCAGGAGCAGAGGAACAUUGUAGAUCUUCAGGCUUUCCUGGAGGAUGGCCUGAGAUCAGAGGUGCUGCUCCAACACCAGCUGCAAGCAAUGAAGGAGGCCCACAAGCAGCAGCUGCAGGAGACAGAGAGGAGACAGGGAGAGGGCCUGGAGAGAAGGAUCCAGCAGAACUCUAUGCUGUCAGCAGAUGUCGACAGGUAGUCUAGUACUCCAGGACCUCCCAACAGGUCAGACAAUCGUAGAGGUCUAUCACAUCCUCUGCAGCCUGGGCAUCCGUCACAACUGUCACACAGAGAGGAUCACAGCAACUUCAGCAUCAAGGCCAACAGAAACAGAGCAGCACCAACUAAGUAAAGAGGAGAAAGAGGAGGCGGAGUGUCAGAGGAAGUUCCGUGCUGUUCCUGUGCUUGUCCAAGUGUUUUUGCACCUCCAUGAUGCAGGUGCAACAGAGGGAGAGGAAGGAAGGCCAUGAACAGAGGAAGGACUUCAUGCUCUCCAUGCAGAAGCCCUUCAGCUUCCUGGGGAGAGAUGAGAAGAAGAGAGAGAAGCUGAUGGAGAGCAUUUGAAAGAGGAAGAGCUGCGCAGGAUGAUAUGCAUCCAGCCGAGGGCCCAGGAGAACUUGAGGAAGUCCACAGCACCUAUAGAGAACCAAACUCAUACUGAGAACCCUGAACCUCACAGCUCCCAGCAUACUAAGAAGGAGGUCUUGGCCUUCCUGGAUCAGACCACCUCCCAGGUCCCUGACUUUGAUAGGCUGCACAAGGCUUUCCACAGGGAAGCCUUGAGGAGGGCCGAGAGGAAAGAUGUGACCAAGUGUCAGCCCUUCCACCUGCGGACAUCAACCCUGCCCUCAAGAACAAGCAGGAGCAGCUCUGAAAAAGAACAAGAAUCCAUAGUCAGUGCCUGAAGAGAAGCAAUUCCUUUGGUGGUUUAACAUCGCUGUCUACAGAUACGCUUCCCACCUACAUUACAGAUGCAGCAAGGAAACGCUGUAUGGCCAUUAGAAGGUCUGUGGAGCAGAGGGAGGGCACGGGGCAGGAGAGUGCAGAGUUUAUGAGGAAACACAGGAUGAGGUCUCAGGCCAUGAAGAAGACAGUGGCUGUCCGUGCCAAGGUCAUGGACCCUCACAGCAGCCUGAAAGAGGUGAGAAGCUGAAACAGCACUGCGUGUCUGAGCAACAAAGGAUGAAAGAGUAUAAGAAGUAGCUACAGGAUAUGAAGACCAGAGUCACUGACCAUCCUUACCUCUUUGAACAGGUGUCACAGAAAAACGCAGAGCAACUAUGCAGAGGGACUAUGCAGAGGGACUACGCAGAGCGACUACGCAGAGGGACUAUGCAGAGGGACUAUGCAGAGGGACUAUGCAGAGGGACUAUGCAGAGGGACUAUGCAGAGGGACUAUGCAGAGGGAAGCUGGUUUGAAUGAGAGUUUGAAACGACACCGAUCUUCAAAUCUGAUGACGAUUGUGAUGACCAAAGUAUUGAGAGUAACAUGGAGAAAAGGUACCUACAAUGACAACAAGGGUGUGUAGCAGUGUGUCUACCCACUAACUGUUAGUUGUAUUCAUACAAUAUAUAAUACCACUAGGAAUACCACUGCAGCUGGAACUCCAAGGGCGCCAUGUGGUUUGGUCAUUUAUACAAUGUUGCAUUACAUAAUACAGGGAGACUGUCAUAAAGUAUUUAGUGAAGAGGUGACAAAUACUGCAGCCAAGCAAAACGUUGAUGUAAUUACAAUAUAGACAUUUUCUAACCCGACAUGUCUGAUUUAGGGAUGGAAACAUAGACGUCUGGGAGAAAAUUGAAGAGGUAGAGGAAGAGAGCGUGAAAACCAGAGUGGAAAUAAAUGUAUGAUCAAAAAGGUCGACCCGGCAUGAAACUCCAUAUAGCCAUUUUGUUUCAAAGAGCACUAUGUUCUAAAAUAAUUCUAGUCUAAUUGAACUAUGUUGACCCGGUCUUUGACUGUCUGACAUGUUUGUUAUGGAUUAUGACCUUUCAAAACAGGGACAUGUGGCCUCUGGAGCUUUUAAAUUGAUAUUAACUGGAGCAAAUGUGAGAAAAUUAAUAAAGGUUUAUAUAACUAUAUAUUUAUAAGUCAUUUUGAAUUUUACAAUGGCAGGGUAUUAUGGAAUAU